AGAGAUAGUCAACACGAUGGUUCGGGCAUAUUCACGUAUUUUUAACCAGAUGCGUCCUGUGUACGAUGGCAAGAAAAAUAUGUAUACCAGAGAGCCUCUGCCAAUUGGCAAAGAUCGGGUUGAACUAGAAGUUACACUGCCUGGUGAUUCUGCUGUUGAACGUCAGUUUAGAAUAUCCAUCAAAUGGGUAUCUCAGGUCAGCCUGUCGCUGUUGGAAGAAGCAAUGGAAGGGCGCAUUCGUACCAUUCCUUAUGAGUCAGUGUUGGCCAUCGAUAUAAUCUUGCGCCAUCUUCCAAGCUUGAAGUACGUUCGCAUGUUUUUAUAUCUUUUCUGUCGUGGCAUGUUCUAUGAACUGAAGGGGAGUAAACUUGGUGGUGGAAGAGAAGUAUGGUUUGGAUUUCAUCAAAGUGUUCGACCGUCGCAGUGGAAGAUGAUGUUGAACAUUGACGUUUCUGCCACUGCAUUCUAUCGUUCGAUGCCUGUUAUCGAAUUCAUGGCCGAAGUAUUGGAUCUACCAGUUCAGGCGUUGGUAGAACGGCGUUCCCUGUCUGACGCGCAGCGUGUAAAAUUUACCAAAGAAAUCAAAGGGCUCAAGUGCGAAAUAACUCACUGUGGAAAUAUGCGACGCAAAUAUCGUGUCUGCAACGUCACUCGACGUCCUGCCCAGACUCAAACAUUUCCUCUUCAACUGGAAAAUGGACAAACUAUUGAAUGUACAGUGGCGAAGUAUUUUUUCGACAAGUACCAUAUUCAGUUGAAAUAUCCCCACUUACCGUGUUUACAAGUUGGACAAGAACAGAAGCAUACAUAUCUGCCUCCGGAAGUUUGCAAUAUCGUGCCAGGCCAAAGAUGUAUUAAAAAGCUGACCGAUACGCAGACUUCAACGAUGAUUAGGGCUACUGCCAGAUCUGCACCAGAAAGGGAGCGAGAGAUAGCCACAUUGGUUAGGAAAGCCGAAUUCAAUGCUGAUCCGUUCGCGCAUGAGUUUGGCAUUGCAAUAAACCCGGCGAUGACCGAAGUGAAGGGAAGAGUUCUCUCUGCUCCGAAACUUCUUUAUGGUGGAAGGACCAAAGCUACAGCCGUGCCAAAUCAGGGAGUUUGGGAUAUGCGUGGCAAGCAGUUCCACACUGGUGUCGAAAUCAAAGUAUGGGCAAUCGCUUGCUUUGCUCAGCAGCAGCACGUGAAAGAAAAUGAUCUAAGAAACUUUACUCAGCAGCUACUUAGGAUUUCUAAUGAUGCAGGGAUGCCAAUAGUCGGCCAACCAUGUUUUUGUAAAUAUGCUUCCGGUGUUGACCAAGUCGAGCCUAUGUUUAGGUAUUUGAAGCAGACGUUUCAGGGAGUGCAAUUAAUUGUAAUUGUCUUGCCUGGCAAGACUCCCGUUUACGCUGAGGUUAAAAGAGUUGGCGACACGGUUCUGGGCGUCGCCACGCAAUGUGUACAAGCCAAGAACGUUAUCAAAACUACACCUCAAACGCUGUCGAAUCUAUGUCUCAAAAUUAACGUGAAGCUGGGUGGCGUCAACAGUAUCUUGUUGCCGAGCAUCAGGCCGAGAAUAUUUGGAGAACCGAUAAUUUUUAUGGGGGCCGACAUAACGCAUCCGCCGGCAGGAGAUAGCAAGAAGCCGUCUAUUUCUGCAGUGGUCGGCAGCAUGGACGCGCACCCGUCACGUUACGCUGCCACAGUUCGUAUUCAGCAGCAUCGACAAGAGAUCAUUUCGGACUUGGCAACGAUGGCAAAGGAGCUGCUUAUACAGUUCUAUCGUAGCACUCGUUUCAAGCCAACUCGCAUCAUACUGUAUCGAGAUGGCGUGUCUGAAGGCCAGUUUUUUAACGUUCUGCAACACGAGUUGAGGGCAAUGCGCGAGGCAUGCAUGAUGCUCGAGCGAGGUUAUCAGCCAGGGAUCACGUUUAUUGCCGUACAGAAACGUCAUCAUACGCGCCUAUUCGCGGUGGAGAAGAAAGACCAGGUCGGCAAGGCAUUUAACAUUCCACCUGGUACUACGGUUGACGUCGGCAUUACUCAUCCAACGGAAUUCGACUUUUUCCUAUGUAGCCACGCUGGCAUUCAGGGUACUAGUCGGCCAAGCCACUACCACGUACUCUGGGAUGAUAAUAACCUGACAGCCGAUGAAUUACAACAGUUGACUUAUCAGCUUUGCCACACAUACGUUCGUUGCACACGAAGCGUUAGCAUUCCUGCGCCUGCUUACUAUGCCCAUCUAGUUGCAUUCCGAGCACGGUAUCAUUUAGUCGACCGCGAUCAUGAUAGUGGCGAAGGUAGUCAGCCUUCAGGUACCAGCGAAGAAACCACUAUGAGUUCCAUGGCUCGUGCGGUGCAGAUUCAUCCGGAUGCAAAUUCUGUUAUGUAUUUUGCGUGAUU